CACACGCCAUGUUGAGGUCACUCAAUGAUACCAUGCUUCGAGCCUGAGAUUAUUAAGCUCAAGUGCCUAAUCAAUGCCUUAUCUAGGCAACCAAUCCUGCACCAAUACAUGGCUUUUCUCCAGAAUCACUGACGAUGCCCCGCGAUACCCAAAGUAAAGGAUCCACAUAUAGGGCUGAGGAGGCAACUAUUUCAUGACGCCGCUUCCCAAACUUCCUCAGCGUUAACUCAUAACCUCCAUCUUCUCCACUGUCUUUAGCGAGCUACUACAUCUACUUAAACUCCACUCAUCAACUACAUCAUCAAAAAAGGCAUCAAAACCAUCGCACUUCAUCAUGUCAGAACCUCUCAGUGUUGCCGCCAUUCUAAAUGGCAUGGCAGAUGCUCUACCAACGCAUCCCCCCAAUGACGAUUCAUCUGACCUCGCUUCGUCGUACGAAGUCAUCGCUCUCCUCAUCCAUUCAUAUCUCGCUGCUCUCGGCUUCAAGCUCCUAGGUUUUGAUGAGGACAAGAACAUACCUGAAUGCGAGUCACUCGCUCCUCGUCUACCGCCGCAAUGGAAUUCAGGUUUCGGUUCUUACAGUUUUGUCUACAAGCACAAGCAAUCAGCCAUGACUUUUAGUAUCCGUAUUGACCGCAUGGGUAAAAAGGUCGAGGUUCGAGGAGUAGCCGUCGCAGAUGACAACAUCCGUCGUUUUGAGAGGUCGAUCAGCGACGUUGUGGAUUCUAGGAAACUCCCUCUUCGCAUCACCAUCAAGGACGGCCAGGAAGAUCGAAGUGAUCUUCCCGAGAAGCUCCGCGGUGUCUUCGCCUCUGAACAAGCUAUUGCUGAUAUCUUACAUGACCUCAAGGUCAACAUCGUUCAAAAGCUCAUCCCAAAACUCCAAAGCGAAGGCUAUGUUGAGACAGCUGAAGCCGAAGCUAAUGCACGCUCCGAGCGCCGUGCUCAAGAAGCUCAGAACCCAGACCGUCCGUUCCGUGGCGAUCCUGUACCACACCCACACCCGCUUCAACCCCCAGCGAAUCCACUCCCUGAGAUGGCUCGUCCACGGCCUGCACCAGUGGGCGACUUCCCUCCUCCCGGCUUCGAGGAUGAGUACGAGAUGAACCGGCCUCCACGAGGCGGUCUUCAAAUGCCAGGAAGAUCGCCCUACAACAUCGGUCACGAUGACUUGAAUCCUCCCGGUCUUGGUCCGCACGAUCCUCUUCGUGGCUCGUUCAUUGGCGGAGGACUACCUCGUCCUGGUGGCGGCUCGGGGAUGCAUCCUACUUUCGAUGAUCCUUUGUUUGGCGGGCAAGGAGGUGACGGUUCCUCUGGUUUCGAUCCCCAAGCACCGCCAGGAGCCCGCUGGGAUCCCACUGGCCCUGGUGGCAACCCGAGGUUCCCUGGUCCUGGUAGCGGAAGGGGAAACAAUCCCUUUGGUGGAGGUUAUGGUGGCGGAUUUGGAGGAGGCUUUGGCGGAGAUAUCAUCUAGACAGGAGAGAAACGGAACAUCGUAGCAAGCGAUGGUUACCAGCAACGGUUGACUAGGUAGAUACUAAUGGCGGGUGUACGCUUGCUUCGGCAGAAUGAUUAAUGAUCAAUUCUCUUCUACUCAACUAGUUCAUGUUUCGACUUUUCCAUUGUGGUGUAUUCCAUUCCUCGUUAAUUCAUACUCUCUUUCAAACAGACCGCCCGCACGUUUUCUCUAAUUCUAUCUGCAAUUCAUGUCCAGUCAUAAUAAGGCAGGCUUCUCUGGUAUCCAUUAAACCAAUUUCAGUGACCCAGAGUUUAUCGCGCUCUCUGUCUCCUUCUGUAAGCGGCAUAUCAGAAGUUUAAUAGCAAUGGCUCUUGCCUGUAUUCGGAAAGCAAGCUUCUGAUGGUACCGUCGACGAGCGGAGCUGACCUUCUUCUCCUCCUUAUUCGAAGAUCCGUUGCAAGCAUAUGCAGUUCCAGUCUAUUGUCCUGCUGAGCUGGCAACCUCGUUGAGCUUCGACUUCUCUUCUUCUGUAAGCAUGUUGUACCACUCCUGGAAGUUGGCAAUGUUCUCGCGGCCGCAGCGGAUGAAGAAGUCGGUCAGGUAGGCUUGGGUUUCGUCGUCUCGCUGUCUCUGGCCACCUUCCAUGAAAGACAUCAGGUCAGCUUUCGUGGUACCAAGGCUGAGGUCGAGAGUAUCAUCCUCAUCCUCCCAACCCUCUUCGUCAUUCUCGUCGUCAAAGCUAGCAGACGCAACAGCAGCAGAGGCGGCGUUCGCAGCAGCCCGUUGGCCAGAUGCAGACAGAAGCUCCUCAAUGAGGACCUUGAUGAUUUUGAGGGAAGCAGGAACGAUCGUGUAUUGGUCUGGGUCUGAUUUUUGGUUGGUCUCAUUAGCUUGCUGACUUUCAGCGUAUCGGGCGUAGAUUGAAUCUAGGGUCGAGGUGGUGGUUGAGAAGUCGUGAAUUGUUGGAUACAUACUCUGCUUUGCGCGUGAGCGCGUCUUGAUAAGCCCAUCGUCGUUGUUGACGAUCAGGUCGCCCUUGACUUGUGUCUGGGCCAGGCGAGGAUCAUUCAGAGAGUAAAGCUUCGACAGUGCAAUAACACUAGUAAUCAAGUUAGCAGAUGGCUUGUGUCCGAUUCGGCUGGGCAUACUUUUGUCGAAUUUCAUCGUAUCCAGCAAAGUUGACAGAGUUCUCUAGCCACUUGGCCAUGACAACCUGCAGGCCACUUUCCCCGUUGAUCUGAACCUGGCUCAGGAACUCGACAACAUCUUGAGCGCCAGAGAGGGUAAGUCGGGCGAAGACAAGAAUAAGAGAUUGAAUGAAGGCUGCAGCUUGAGCGGUAGCAAGUCGGUUAGCGACAGCUUGGAGAAGCUGAGGUAGGAAAGGACCAAGGCGCUCUUGGCCAGCCUUCUCGACGAGCUCGGCAGCCAGACCGCCAACCUCGGAGGCUGAGUUAUCCUCAAUAGAAGGACCCAGAAGUCGGUCAAUGAUGUGCAAGCAAACCUCCAGACCAGAGCGGCCGUUGGCAUCUUGCCAAGCAAGGACUUGCUGAUGAUCAUGCUGAAGCAUCCACUUCACAACUUCAGAUCCAGGUCGGAGGACCUCUCCCUCGGUAGACUCCAUAAGGAGACGGUUCAACUUAGGGAAAGUAGCCGCGACAAAACCUGCGGGGAGAGGCUCAGGUCCGUUCUCGGCCAAGACAGCCAAUAACUCGGUGGCAACCUGGGUAUUGUCAGUUAAGCAUGAAAACUGUUUCAUUAAGAUACUCACUGUGACCAGAGGGUUAUCCUCAGUCAGGUUAGCGACAUCAAAUGCGCCGGUAAGCGUGGGCAGAAGCUUUGCGCAGAGAGCGGUGUAAGAUUCAGUGUCAGAGAGAUCAGCAACAAUAUCUUCAAAUGCCUCGGAAAUCAGCAUAGUGACUUGGAAGUUGCUUGCGCCUAGCUUGGCUAGCAUGAAAAGCAGAUCAACCGACUUAACAUCAUUGGACAGGGCGAUGCGUUUAUCGAGAGUAAUGGCGGCGCGGAGAGCUUCAGCGAGCGUAACGAGAAGUUCGUCUGCAUCUUCCAUAUCACUGGGGUCCUUGUUGUUCAUGUAGCUUUGAAUGGCGUUGAUAAUAGGAACCUGCCUAUCGGCCGACACUCGGCCAGCGUUUAUCAAACCCUCGACAGCCUUGACACAGGCGACCUGCACAACCUCGGACUCCUCUUGAGUGAUAGAGGUGAUAAUGCGGUCCAACAGCUCAACCGGUGUCUGGAAAGAACGGCAAAGCAUACCGGCGACGAGAUAACCUCUAGCGCGGAGAAGAGGCUCUCCGGGCCGGUUAACGGCGUAGUCAACCAGGGAAAGAUAGGCGUGGGCCACUGCUUCGGGGAUAUCCUUGUUCAUGUCUUGGAAGUCGCUAACCAGCAUGACAAAAAGGUAGAGCGCCGCCUCUUGGCUACGCCAGUCGGAACCUUCGCCACCAAAUAGGGACUGUGUUUGACCAAACAGGCCGUCGAUCGUCUUCUGGUUAAACCACUCACCCAUCUUGAUUAACAGGUCCCCUGCGGCAGUUCGUGCGGUAUAGUUGGCAGUCACGGAGGUCUCCUCAGCAAGAUACAGGGAGCAGUCGAUAUCCCACAAGUCCUCUUCCUCCCGAGUCACUCGCGAAUAACCAAUAAGCAUGUUCAUAAUCUCCUUCAUCCAGGGAACCUCUUGAGCUGAGGCAUGAGCAUUGAGGUGGCCGUCCAGCUCGGCUUGCACAGGAGGGGCUCUGAAGCAUUGGUUAAGGAAGUCCAAUUCUUCGAGAAUGAGGAAAUCCAAGGUAUAUGGAAGGUUGUCCGAGUCUUCGAGACGUCCUUGGGCAUCCUCUUUGAUAUAGAGCUGCUCGUGUGGUCCCUGCAGAGUAGAGAGCUCUUUCCAGACUGCACUGAAGAAGAUGGUACUUUGGGGAAGAAGUAGGUUAGGGAAGACGCGUCGAAUUCGGAGGAGUGUCUUGACGACCUGAAGUUUGAGAGCGAUAAUAUGGCUCCAAGAGUCAGGCUGAGACCCGCUCUCUAGGUUGGCUUCUGGAAGAGGGCUCUGUAGAACGGUAAUAAAGAAGGGGUUCCAUUGUUGAAGAAGACCAUCCGCAAAAGCGCGGACCUCCUUAGCGUGGUCCUCCUUAAUCAUAUUGAGGAGAUCAAAACAUCCUCGGAAGAUGGAAAUAGCGAGCGCUCGGUGCAUGGGCUUUCGGUUCUCAUUGAGGGCGACUUCGGCAAGGGCCUUGGCAAUAUCUUGGGCCAUUGAAAAGAACUGGUCCUCGCUCAAACUCUCUUCAAUUAUGUCGUUGAGUAAUCGCAGGGCGCCGUGAAGCUGUGAAUCGGUGCCGGCCGGGACGACGGAGAUAACUGUGGGGAGAAGGUUUGGCCAUUGCUCAGGGAAGUCGUGCACAGCGAUUUUGCCAACAGCGUAACUGGCUGAGAUCUUGACUUUGCGAUCGUCCUCCGGGCUCAACACAAGGUCGAGCAGGACCUGCUUGAGCUGGCCUCUCGCCUCAUCAGAGAUAGGAAUGAUGGGCCCAUCAUCAGGAUCAUCGUUACUCCAGUUGUUCUCGAUAAAAAGUCGCAGGUUGCUCAGUGCAGCCUGGCGGAUGUUGGUAUCAAUCGAGGUGUGGGCGGCGAUGUUGGCGAGAGACAGGGGAAAGGCGGGAUUCGUUCGGGCGCGCUUCAGCUCGAGUUCGGCCUGUAGUCUGGGACCCUGUUCAGACAGCUGAGUGUUGGAAAGGAGCUGCACCAACUGGUCCUCCAUGAUUGUAUAUCAAGGACUUUGGUAAAUAAAAAGGUUUGAAUGAGAUGGUUAAAAAAAA